AUGGCGAAGUUUGACGUGACCUCCCAUGCUAAAAAGCUACUAGGCGCAGAGAAGAAACACGUUGCCAAGCUAAACGUUUUGCCGGCAAAGGAACCUCUAUUUUACGUGUUUGAUGCUUUUGACGAGCGAAAUGUCUGUGGAAACACAAAUGUGGCUGAGGUGGAUAUGGACAAAGGCAUCUGUACACGUUGUAUGGUAUCUGAGCAGCUGCAAGUGCCAUGUCGGCACAUCCAAGCUGUAAUAUUCUCAAGAUCUAAGCUAAACGACUCUCCGUUGCCGAUGUACGACACACGCCACUAUUUUCACCAGGCGUACUUGGUGCCAAAACUCUACGAUGUUUUCUCGGCUGUCAACAUCCGAUUGCCUCUCUACGAUACUUUGUCAAUGACAAGCGCUGUGAAGCCUUCUCCAUUGUCUCUUCAAGCCGGGCGACAGAUCCAACGAUCUACGGAAGUCGCUGAUGUUACUAGAGCUGCCAAACGCACCAAAAACCGUGGAGAAGGACCUGAUCGGUCGAAAAGGGCAGCUUCAAGCCUUUUACAGCCCUGUGAGGUGUCAGACGAAGACGAUGCGACCCAAGAAAUAAGUGAGUUCUUUGACGAGAACGAACGAUCAUCCGUUGCCGUGACUCGGAGCGAUUAUACCUGCACCAAUUGCGGCAACACAGGUCACAACACUCGCCGAUGUACUACUGUGACAUGCAAAGUAGAAGAGCGUGGUGUCGGCAUCGUCCCAGGCGAGUAUGUUGUGGGCGAGUCUCCGUUCAUUGCUUGUGGUAUUCAGGACCGUUACUGCAUGCUUAUCAUAAACUACAGAUAG